CCAUGUGGGCGUAGUGCGGCGUACCAGCGAAAGAUAUAAAGCUGGGGACCACUGGCCAAAGCUUCUCAUUGAUCAUCUUCAACCAUGUGGCUGCGUAUAACGAUUGCUCUACUACUGGCCUGCGUGGCUGGAGCCCUGGCCCAAAGCGACGGAAGGUAUCGGCCUCCUCCAGCUGCGGUGCGGGCGACUGCUGGCGACGGACGCUAUAAAGGUGGUAACGACGGACGCUAUACGGGUGCCAACGACGGACGCUAUCGCGGAGGAAACGACGGACGCUACUCCGGCGCCAGCGAUGGCCGCUAUGUACACGUGGACAACAAGUAUGAGCAUGACGAUCGAGCCGGCGGUGCUUAUACCGGAGACCGUAACCGCUAUGUGGGCGACAAGAAUACUGGCGGCGGAGCAGGCCGUGCUGGGGCAGGAGCAGGAGCAGGGUCAGGGUCAGGGGCUCGACCAGGCGGCGGGGCAGCUGGUGCGGCAGGCGCAGGAGCCACCAAAAAACCCCAGCCGCGACCCACCAUACCUCCACCGCCAGCCGUCGUCGAUGUGACCGCCAAUUUGCCCAAGGGACGGGGCACAGGCGAAGGCGGCAAUGGUUGGGCCAUCAUCCGACUGGAAGAUGAUGUCGAGCAAGAUGGCUACCACUAUCUCUAUGAGACGGAGAACGGCAUUCUGGCCGAGGAGAGCGGACGCAUCGAGAAGCUGGCCGAGGAUGAUGGCCUGCGCUCGAAGGGCUUCUACGAGUACACUGGCGACGAUGGCAUACUCUACCGCGUGGACUAUACGGCCGACGACAAUGGUUUUGUGCCCAGUGCUGCUCACCUCCCAACGCCACCACCCCCGCCGCCCUAUGUGGCCAAGCUGUUGGCCUACCUGGAGGAGAAUGCCAAGAAGAAGAAAUAGAUAUUGAAUCGAAAGUGUGAAAUGAAAUCUAAGAUUUGAUAAUAAACCGAUGUGCCAUUAGAA